AUCUCCAGCGCUUUAGCGUCUAGCUGCUUGUCGCUCAGACCAACCCGAUUAUGAGGAUGACAGCUGAUCGCCCCUCCUCUCCUUGGACUUCAAUAAAAACGCGCUUCAUCUGUAUCCGCUGCCUUGUCCGGGAGCUGCACGGUCUCACUUUCAACUGUGUGUAACAAUAGACCAAGCUCCGAUUACAUUUGGUCUUUGCCACCACACGCUUGCCUGUGACCAGUUUCGUCUUUGUUAAAGGCAACAUGCAUUGACUCGUCCCGGUUUUUCUGGACCGUGCAGCUUAAUCCAGUUUGCACUGAUUUGAAAAAAAGAUUAAACUCCUCCAGAAACCGCUGUCGUUUGGCUUUGUGGUGAUGCGAGAUCCCGUCGCCUCUCAACACAGUUCCUCGUGCUCUUGGAGACUUUGCGCUAAAACCGUGGCUCCGGAUGAUCCUUGAGUAGCCGUAAAAUAAUGAGCGCCGCGGUGUCACCAAUGGCUUGAGCUCCAGAGGAUUUGUGUAGAUUAUCGCCGGACUGCUAUUUUGUUCACUGGGUCACACUGUUAAGCGAACUUAGCCGCUUUUGAUGUGUUGCCUUUUCCCUGCUGCCCUGAAGUCUGUUUACUACUAAUAGGCUACUACAGUUCUUAAAGAAAAGGGGAGUGCGCGCCAGCCAUGAGGUGUUUAUAUCCACGUCUGAGGACAGGACAAGUUUGGCGCUGCCGUCAUCCAGUGGAUCCAGUGAAGUGAUCCAGUGAAAUGAUCCGCGCUGCUGUAACGCUGUAGCUUUACUCCGCGUGUUUACUCGCCGGGUGCCUGGGAUGCCAGCGGCGUGACUGGGACAAGUAUCCCCCCCCUCAGCAGCGCCUCUUUCGCGGCACAUUGCAGACAUUAUAGCGGGUGACCACCGUAGGAUGUUUCAGCGAGGAUGUUGCGCUUUCCCGUAAAGAAGAUCCGGAAGCAGUUUAAGCUCCUCUUGCUCCUGGUGCUGCUCACCUCUGCCGUGUGGUUUACCUACCUGCACAUCAAUCAGGGCAAGACUAUCAAACUCCACUUCAAUUACGGGAAAGAUGGAGAGAGACAGACGGAAGGGACUGAUGCCAGCCGAAAGAGAGACACGCGCUCAUCCGCCGGACACCACAAGAACGAAGACACCAGCGACAGCAGAGAGGACGAGGCAGCGGAUGAUGAGCCAAUCAGAGGCGCAGACGGCAGGAGCGGCACACACCUCCGAAAGUUCCUCAGCCUGCACCACAAAAAGUUACCAUGGAAACCAGAGUUUAAAGGCCAGGCCAAUCUGCAUGUGUUUGAGGACUGGUGUGGUUCGUCUGUGGCACAGCUACGAAAGAAUUUGCACUUUCCUCUUUACCCCCAUACGAGGACCACAGUGAAGAAACUGGCAGUGGCUCCAAAGUGGAAGAACUACGGCCUGAGAAUCUUCGGUUUCCUUCACCCUUACAGAGACGGUGACUUCCAGUUCUCUGUGUCGUCCGACGAUAAUUCAGAGUUUUGGCUGAGCUCCGAUGAGAGUCCUCUGAACGCUCGCCUGCUCGUCUAUGUGGGACAGCUGGGCACAGAGUGGACCGCUCCCGGCGAGUUCAACAAGUUCAGAUCUCAGUCGUCCAAAUCUGUGCACCUGAUUUCUUCAAGACGGUACUACUUUGAAAUUCUGCACAAGCAAGAUGACAAAGGAUCAGAUCAUGUUGAAGUUGGGUGGCGGCCGUUUCUCCCCGGUCUGAAGUACGAAGUGAUUGACUCUGCCUACAUCUCCUUGUACACAGAUGAGUCGACUUUGAAGAUGAACAGCGUGGAGCACAUCCCCCAGACCUUGGCCAGUCACAUCCGUCUCCCCGAGCAGUCUGCGCCUCCGAGCUCCCAGCACGGGGCUGACAUGCUCAAGCCAGACCCACGGGACACCUUCUAUAGCAUUCCUAUGAUUGACCCUGCCCGUCUGGAGAACGUGCUGCCGGCCUGUCUCUACUCCCCGACCUACGUGGUUAAAGACUUCCCCAUCGCACGAUAUCAGGGUCUGCAGUUUGUUUAUCUGUCUUUUGUGUAUCCCAACGACUUCACUCGUCUGACACACAUGGAGAGAGAGAACAAGUGCUUCUACAGAGAAUCUCCUAUCUACCUGGAACGGUUUGGUUUCUACAAAUACAUGAAGAUGGAUGAGGAGGAGGAUGACAGGCCUUUCUUUUUCCCCAACCCAGAUGAUUUCCUUGAGGAGGAGGAAGUUGUAGACACCGAAGAUGAAGCAGAGAUUGUUGGCACUCCUCCGCCUAAAAAACCCAGCCAAACCAGCCACACAUCCAACCCCGAGCACCCCCGUCGCUCCAGGCCUGCUUCCACCGCGGGAGCCAGGGAACCGGAGGAAGAGGAGGCUGACGAGGAUGAAGAUGCGUUAAACAGAAUUAUGCAACGGAGAGGGAGACGCCACUUUGUAGAUCGAGAUAGAGAGUGGGUACGAGGAAACAUUGGAAAAGUGCCUUCUGAAAUCCAACACGGCGCUUUCCAGUCCGAUGCGUACAGCGUGGUGCGAGGCAGAUCCUUGUCUUGGAUCAGAACCGGCCCCGAGGAACCAGAAGGAGAGAAGGACGCUGAAUCUCCACCUAAACUUAACAAAAAUUCCUUGCUUUUUCCACAAAAAUCGCACCUUUCCGUUCUCGCAAACCGUGCCAAGCAAAUCCUCACGAACUCCGCUCAUAACAACAACCUCCAUGAAAAUAAAAAGAGAGAAGAGAGUAAAAUCUACAUAACGAGACCUCGACCAGCUAAAGAAAGAGAGCGGGAGCGCCGGGAGAGGAGGGAGGAACGAGAAAAGGCCUCUCGACAUCCUAGAGAAGUUUUUCCAGGUGUGUUUUUGUAUCAGAACGGAAAAACUACCAAACUUGUCAAUGUUGGAGCAAAGGGACACACAACAGGAGGGAGGAAUUAUGUUAGUCCACCUCUUUGGCCUCCGCUGAAAGACAAAACUGGUCCGCAAAAUGGCAGCAAACAAAACGAAAGCGUGCACAAGGCUGUAAUGGAAAAACAGAUCGAGAAAACGAAAAGAAAAGGAGAUUAUCAAGCUAUAAAGAAAACAGUGACUCCUCUACCUCCUGUGAACACGACGCACAACACACAAAUACGUGUUACAUCUUACCUCAGAACUUCAGAGAUUACAGAAUCACACCCAAGGGACCAAGCGGACCCAAACCCGCCGGAAUUUGACCCGGAAAUCAACAGGUCCAACCCGGAUCCGGACCAGGAGCCUGACGCGGAGCCGGAGCCGGAGGAAGGCGAGUUGUCAGACUACAGUUAUGAGGAGGUGGAGCCGAGGCCGGGUUGGGUGGAGGAGAGCAUCAACUGGCAACGCACUUUCUCGGUGAACCCCAUGGACUUCGAGCUGCUCAGGUCAGACUGGAAUGACCUGCGCUGUAAUGUGUCUGGGAACCUGCAGCUGGCGGAGAGCGAGGUGGUGGACGUGUUGGCGCAGUACAUGGAGAAACUCAACGAACGCAAUGGAGGUAUCUACACCCUCCUUCGCAUCAUAAACGUGGAGAAGCGGCGUGACUCUGCGCGGGGGAACCGUUACCUGGUGGAGCUGGAGCUGAUGGAGCGAGGGCGCAGCGUGGUGCGUCUGUCCGAAUACAUCUACCUGCUUUUGCACCGCGGCCGACAGGGAGACGAGAGCCCGGAGAACACAGACUCUGUACUGGCCUCAGCUCCGGCCGCUCCCACCAGCGCCCAACCCAACCACGCCACCACCACACCCCCCUCCAACAAGCCCCCCGCCCGCCCCGCGCCCACGGCCUGGAGCACCGCCUACGCCAAGCCCCUGCUCUGCCAGCCCGUCAUGCUGCAAUGGAGGAGAGAUGUAAUGGUCCACUUCGUUGUGCCAGUGAAAAACCAGGCUCGCUGGGUGCAACAGUUUAUCUCGGACAUGGAGAAUCUCCAUCGUCAGACCAAGGACGACAAUUUCAGCAUCAUUAUCGUUGACUUUGAGAGUGAGGACAUGGAUGUGGAGCAGGCGCUGAGAGAGAGCAGCGUGCCCAGAUACGAGUAUCUCAGGAGAGAAGGAAACUUUGAGCGCUCAGCUGGACUCCAGAUCGGGGUUGACACCAUAGAGGACAACCACAGCAUCGUGUUCCUGUGUGACCUGCACAUUCACUUCCCCAUGAACAUCCUGGAGAGCAUCAGGAAACACUGUGUGGAGGGACGUCUGGCCUUCGCCCCCAUCGUCAUGAGGCUGAGCUGUGGCAGCUCCCCACAGGAGCCUGAUGGUUAUUGGGAGGUAAAUGGAUUUGGCCUUUUUGGAAUCUACAAGUCUGAUUUUGAUAAGAUCGGUGGGAUGAACACAGAAGAGUUCAAAGACCGCUGGGGAGGAGAGGACUGGGAGCUGUUGGACAGAGUGCUACAAAACGGGUUAGAAGUGGAGCGGCUUCGUUUGAGGAACUUUUUCCACUACUACCACUCCAAACGGGGCAUGUGGAACGCUCAGAACAAGAAAAGCCCUAAAGGAUAGCACCACCCGCUGGUCAGGAGGCCUAAAGACAAAAGACAAAAAGCAGCAGAUCCACUGUGAGUGAGUGAGGGAGCCUUCUCACUGCUUAAACUCUGCCUUUAGGAAACAAGCCUGUGUUUCACCAUCGGCCUGCGCGGUGAGGCCUGAAUGAGGAACUGGACCAGGAUUUUGAAAGCGUUUCGUUGACGCGUUUUGACUCACUGACAUUGCCUCACUGACUCGACUACUGUCCACAGAGAGGAUUUUUGUGCGACUUCUCUCUGUUCUUUUUGGUGCAAUCUCUAAAGACAGACUGUCAAUCAGCUAUUGUGUGUGCGUGCUUGUGCGUUUGUCUGCGCGGGGGUGAAUGCGGGUCUGAUUUUGUGUCCGGAAGCACCUUUUGUACAAGUAAAUGGGACAGGAAGACAACCUAAGAUCUUUUCUGAAAGCUCUCGUCCGCCGAGAGCUUAACUGAAUGUUUCAACAAUAGAUCAGAACUGGUGACAUAGGUGACAUAGGAAACUGUUUUACAUCAAAAAUAUUUCUAAGUGAACUACUACCUGUUGAAUAUCAUUAAUAAAGUGAUGUUUGUAAAGCACUUCUGGUACGUAGGUUGUGGCUUGUCACAUCAGAUAAUUGAGUUUUUAGCGAGGACUCUGCUGAACCUGCCAUCCAUGUUACCUUCAUAUUUUUAUUUAUGUAUUUAUGUUUCAGAGUUUAUUUGGCCUUGCUGCUUAUUAUGUCCAGGAGACUUGUUUUAAAUUAACUUCAGGGUUUUGUCAAAUUAUUUAAAUCUGAUUUCUUCUCAUGGCUUUGUACAUAGUUGGUGUACUAAUGAUUGGGUGCUUUAGUUCUCAUACACUGUACUUGUGAACAGUUUACACAUUUAACUCUGCUAAUGAUGUCUUUAAAGUCACCAAAAUCAUAAAAAUAAGAAGCUGUACAUGAAAUACUGGCCUAAUUACUCAACGUUACAGAUUGGACCUAGUUUAAAGGUGCAUUGUGUGGCUUUUCUGGUAGAGGGUUCGUCAAAAACUUCUCCGUGGAGACGUUAUUGCUUUGUCUGAUGCUUGAUUUUGUAGUUAUUUUUGAGCUAUAAAACCACCUGUAAUUCAGUAAAUGACAGGUGACUAACCCCUAAUCAAAAAGUUACACAAUGCACCUUUAAAUGUUAACUUGAAAACGCAACAAUUCUGAGGGAAAAUGAGUGAAAUUUGAUUACGAAAAGGGUUCUUGCUUCAUGGUACUGUGUAAUACAAGAAGGCAUGUUAUCCCUGUAAGAGUGCCUUGUUCAGUAUCACUGUAGUUUAUACAUGACAAACCAGCUCUGAACAGGAUUUGGGUAGGAACAGAUCCUUUAAAGGGC